AUGGCUGCGACUCCAGAUACUCACUCCAAGACGACCAGUGCCGUCUUGCAUAGAGACACUCACUUCCUUCCCAGGAAGGCUGUCGGUGGCAAGGGUUGCUACAUCUUCCUUGAAGAUGGCACCAAGUUCCUCGACUUCACAGGUGGUGCCGCGGUAUCGUGUUUGGGCCAUGGCAAUGAAGAGAUCAACCAAGCCAUCAAGGACCAGAUGGAUCAGAUCUCAUAUUGUCAUUCCGCAUUCUUCGGUACUCAAGUGACAGAAGAUUUGGCCACAUUUUUAACCGAGUCUACCGGAAAGAAAUUGACGAAGCUGUUUGUGGUCAGCUCAGGAUCUGAGGCGGUCGAGGCAGCCUUGAAACUUGCUCGCCAGUAUUUCCUCGAACUACCCACACCACAGCCGGAACGUACCAGAUUCAUCGCUCGUCUACCUUCUUAUCAUGGUACCACCCUCGGUGCGCUCGGCGCUGGUGGGCAUGUCCUCCGAAGACAACCAUUUGAGCCUCUUUUGGCCAAGAACACAUCUCACGUCUCUCCUUGCUACGCAUAUCGUGGCAAGAAGGAGCACGAGUCGGACGCUGAUUACGUGGCUCGUCUUGCAGCAGAGCUCGACGCAGAGUUCCAGCGUGUUGGGCCAAACACCGUGUGUGCUUUUAUCGCCGAGCCAGUCGUUGGAGCGGCACUCGGCUGUGUCCCUGCUGUACCGGGUUACUUCCCCGCCAUGAAAGCCGUCUGCGAGAAAUACGACGCUCUAUUCAUUCUCGAUGAGAUCAUGAGCGGAAUGGGUCGCUGUGGAACUCUGCACGCAUGGGAGCAGGAGGACGUCGUUCCUGAUAUUCAAACCAUCGGAAAAGGCCUUGGUGGUGGUUACGCCCCUGUUUCAGGUAUCUUGAUUCAUGAAUCGAUCGUUCAGACUUUGGACAAAGGGACGGGUCAGUUCCGGCAUGGGCAGACUUACCAAGGCCAUCCAAUCUCGUGUGCGGCUGCAUUAGCUGUCCAGCGGAGUAUCAAGGAACACUCGCUUCUGGAGAAUGUUAGAAACAUGGGCGCUUACCUUGAGGAGCGGCUCCGCCAGCAGUUCCAGGAUCACCCUCAUGUUGGAGAUAUUCGAGGCAAAGGAUUGUUCUGGGGUCUCGAGUUUGUCAAGGAUAGAACUACCAAGGAACCUUUCGAUCCAAAGUCGCGUCUAUCCUUUCACAUCCAGGAAAAAGGCCUACAGCCAGAAUACGCGGUGUCGCUCUAUGGAUGUACAGGUACAGUGGAUGGCAUUCGUGGGGACCAUGUGGUGUUAGCACCACCCUACAUUGUGACCAAGGAGGAAAUUGAUAUUCUAGUGGAUGUGUUGGCCCGAGUUUUGACAGACGUGCUCGCAGAGUUGGAGGAGUAA